AUGGCACGAAGAGAAGUUUUACACUGCACGUUGCAAGCCCUUUUUGUGGCUAUGGCAUUGGCCUCUUUGUAUGGAGUAAUAUGUGUAAGUUGUGAAAAUGAGUACAUAUCAGCAGUUGGAGAUCCGGGGAUGAGACUGGAUGGACUAAGAUUGGCAAUAGAAGCAUGGAAUCAGUGCAAUGAGGUAGGAGAAGAAACUCCAAAUAUGGGUAGUCCAAGAGCUGCAGAUUGCUACGACAUAUAUAAAGCUUCUCCUCAACAAGGGGAAAACCGGUGUUCGCUUUGCAAUUCAAUGCCAUACAUGCUUGUCCAUAGAGUUACAGAAGAAGAAAACCGGCUUGGACUAGGACAACCUUUUCUUGGAGGACAACAAGAGGCAUUUGACAAUGUAGACCGCUAUGCUGCAGAAAAAGAACUCUAUCUGGGAAAUAAAUGUCAAGUUGAAGAUACACCAAACCCUUGGCAAUUUUGGAUGAUCAUGCUUAAGAAUGGUAAUAUGGACACUUAUGCGGCAAAAUGCCCGAAUAACGGCCUUAAAGUUGGCCCUUACGGUCCUGAUAGCCGGUUCCCAUGUUUUGGGAAAGGUUGCAUGAAUCAACCAUUGAUUUAUCACAACUACACUACAUUAGAAGGGCCUAAGCUUAAGGGAUCAUUUUACGGGUCGUGGAAUUUGGACGUUGAGUCGAAUGAAAAUAUUUCGUAUUAUUCAGUAACAUGGGAGAAGGAACUUGGAAAAGGAAGCUGGAUUUUUCACCAUGUUUUGAGGACUUCCGUGAAGUAUCCAUGGUUGAUGCUUUACUUUAGAGCAGAUGCCACAACUGGAUUUUCUGGUGGUUACCAUUAUUCCACUAGGGGAAUGUUAAAAAUUAUUCCAGAAUCACCAAAUUUCAAAGUGAAAUUCACAUUAAAUGUGAUAAGAGGAGGUGGUUCUGGCAGCCAAUUUUACUUGUUGGACAUAGGGAGCUGCUGGAAAAACAAUGGCCAACCAUGCGAUGGUGAUGUUACUUCAGACGUAACUCGAUAUAGUGAAAUGAUACUUAAUCCAGACACACCAUCUUGGUGCAAUCCAAACGAUGCCAAAUUGUGUCCCCCAUACCACACGUUUCCUAAUGGGAUUCGAGUUCAUCGAAACGACACUGCUCGUUUCCCAUACGAGGCGUAUCACAUGUAUUGUUCACCGGGUAACGCAGAAUUCGCCGAGAGUCCUAAUAUCGUGUGCGAUCCGUAUAGUAAUCCUCAGCCUCAGGAGAUACUGCAAAUUUUGCCACACCCUGUAUGGGGUGAUUAUGGAUACCCAACAAGGAAAGGGGAUGGAUGGAUAGGUGAUCCAAGAACGUGGGAGCUCGACGUUGGGAGGCUAUCGCAAUCCCUUUAUUUCUACCAGGAUCCAGGGACACCUCCAGCUAGGAGGCAGUGGACAUCUGUAGACUUGGGGACUGAAAUUUAUAAAGACCCCAAUCAAGUGGCAGAAUGGACCGUUAGUGAUUUUAACAUCCUUGUCCCCAAAAAAUAUUAG